CUUCCGGGGUGAUUGCCACCGCUUCCGGGGCGGGACGAGGCUUGCUGCUAGGGUUGCAGUGCUUCAGCUCCUUCCCGGCCUCUGUCUCCGUGCUCACUGCUGCAAUGAGCUUCCUCAAAAGUUUCCCGCCGCCGGGCUCGACUGAGGGGCUCCGGCAGCAGCAGCCGGAGACCGAGGCUGUGCUGAACGGCAAGGGCCUUGGCACCGGUACACUUUACAUCGCUGAGAGGUUUCGUUUCAAGGUUUUGAGCUUCCAGCCCCUGAGGAUCAUCGAUGUGCCUGUCUUUCCUGUAAAAAGGUGCGGGAGGUGUUGCCCUGGGCAAAAUAUAGAAGUGGUUCUCAGUGGGGGACAGUGUUGUGUGUCUCCCCCCGUUUUAGGCAAUGACAUUUUGAUUGUCAUGACUGGGGAAGAAUCAAAAGAAUCUGUUGCUGAAGAAGAAGAAGACAGUGAUGAUGAUAUUGAACCUAUUGCUGAAUUCAGAUUCGUGCCUAGUGAUAAAUCAGCGUUGGAGGCCAUGUUCACUGCAAUGUGUGAAUGCCAGGCUUUGCAUCCUGAUCCUGAGGAUGAAGAUUCAGAUGAUUACGACGGAGAAGAAUAUGAUGUGGAAGCACAUGAACAAGGGCAAGGAGACAUCCCUACAUUUUAUACCUAUGAAGAAGGGUUAUCCCAUUUAACAGCAGAAGGCCAAGCCACAUUGGAGAGAUUAGAAGGAAUGCUUUCUCAAUCUGUGAGCAGCCAGUAUAACAUGGCUGGAGUCCGGACAGAAGACUCAAUAAGAGAUUAUGAAGAUGGGAUGGAGGUAGACACUACACCAACGGUUGCUGGACAGUUUGAGGAUGCAGAUGUUGAUCACUGAAAAUGAUUUAUGCUGCUGUGGGAUUCUGCUCAAACCUAGGAAAGAACUUGGUGCCUCUUCUACUGUGGAGUGGGUGUUGAUGAAAGUCUUUUUCCUUCUCCAAAAUUUACCUGAACCAGUUCUUUUUUCAGAUAGACUAUACUGAGACAAAAAGUUGUCAUCAGCAGAAGAAACUAUGACCUUUAUUAACAAAGGUGAAUUAACUUAACCAAGAGGGUAUUUGUAGUUCAUCAUCUACCCCAAAACUUUGUGUGUAUAGAUACCCUCUGAGUAGGCCUAUAGUUCCUGCCUUCACUGUAUGCAACUUGUGUAACCUGGCAGGCCUCCUGGUGAGAACCCGCAGGCACUUGAAGACGUAGGUAGACUGGAUGGGAACGAGGGAGGCUGAAUCUAAGAUAAACCCUUUUAGAGCCUAAAGAUUCCCUUACCCCUUAAAUAGAAAGACAAAGAGCUCUCAGAAAAAUAUUGGCCUCUGCUUAUCCUUCACAGGGGUAAGGGUCUUUUUACUGAUUUGGGACCCAAAUUAAUUCAUUCAGGCAUCUUUAGGGAGCCUCUUGGGAAAUAUCCUAGCCACAUGAAAUACCACUAACACUGAUGCUUAUGACUAGCUUUUACUCCUUUCACCAUGUUUCACCAGUCUGUUUUGUUAUAACCUCUUAGGUUAUAUCCUUUAAUUUUUAACCUCUUAGGUCGGUUUCCAUAACAAGAAGUGAAAUUGGGAUGAAGUCCUCAGAGUGCUUCAAUGAUAAUUGUUUUGUCUUUGUAAUAGUUAACAAAUAAAUCUAGGUUUUCUA